AUGGCCGAACAAACUGUUUCCGAGGCGGCCACCAAGGCCCAGACGGAAAAUGCAAACGAGACAGAUCUCACCAGUAUCCUGAAUACAGGCCAACGUGCUGAUCUAACGCUACUCAUCGCCAACGUCACCGAGUCAAUGCGCAAAAUGAUUCUGGACAAUUUCAGCUCAACGGCAGGACUUGAUAAGACGCUUCUGCGAGAAGGCAUGACCGAGGAGGAGAAGAUGAUGAGAGUGGACCCAGCAAAGGUCGACGUCUCUGCUUAUGACCGUGAACGGAAAAUGAAGGCGGAAAUCGACAAGGACCUUGCCACGCUGAAGAUGAAGAACCUUAGGAAGACCGCUCUAAAGGCCUUUGACGAAUGGCGCGAGCAAGUCAUCCUGCGGGUCGGCCAAGUUGUCAACAGUGAACACACUGCUCAAGAACAAGUUCGGAAGGGUGCCAAUGCCGCGUUGUCAAAGCCCCAGGCGCCCAUAACCACUGCCAGGGUCAUGGAGGCUGGGUCGAGGGUUGUCAACCUGAAGUUCAAAGACGUGUUCCCACCCACGAAAACGCCAUUGACAAAGCUCCCUAUGGACAAGCGGACGCUGGUGCUUCAUUCUCUGCUCUUGCUGCUUCUGUCCCUGGAGCACUACAAUGCCUAUUCUCGCAUUCUGUUGCUCAACUUGACGUCGUCACUAAAGCUGCCCCUGAAGACCUUUGAGCAGGACGAGUACACCACGGCCAAAGGUCUGCUGGAAGCAGCUAAGGAGCUGACUGCCGACGAGGAGAAGAUGAAGAAAAUCAAGGAGAAUGAAGAGACUCGAAAGCGAAGAGUUCGUUAUGCGACAGCGGCCGGAGCUGCGAUCCUCGGUGUCACAGGCGGCAUGGCAGCGCCUCUUGUCGCUGCAGGCGUCGGCUCUGUCAUGGGUGGACUUGGACUCGGUGCUACAUCCGCGGCUGCUUACCUGGGAUCUGUAGCAGGAAGUGCCGUCCUGGUUGGCGGGUUGUUUGGUGCAUAUGGUGGACGGAUGACGGGGCAAAUGAUGGACUCGUAUGCGCGCCAAGUCGAAGACUUUCAGUUCCUGCCUGUCCAUGGCAGCAGCGACAAGAAGACCAGCGAAGACGAGGCCCGAGGCGCACAAGAGGCGAGUGAGCAUGACCACAAACUUCGCGUCACUCUCGGCAUCUCGGGUUGGUUGACUGAGAAAGAGGAGGUGGUCAAACCAUGGCGUUCUCUGGGUACAGGUGCCGAAGUCUUCGCACUGAAGUACGAACUGGAAGCACUCCUGAAUCUGGGGAAUGCAAUGAACGGCAUGGUUCAGUCGGCCGCUUGGGGAUAUGCACAGAAAGAAAUCAUAUCACGGACCAUCUUCGCCGAACUUGCUGCGGCGAUGUGGCCAAUGGCCCUGAUGAAGGUCGCCAGAGUCAUUGAUAACCCCUUCAGUGUUGCGAAAAGUCGUGCCGACAAGGCCGGUGAGGUUCUGGCGGAUGCCCUGGUCAAUCGUGCUCAAGGCAAGCGGCCGGUCACCCUCAUCGGAUACUCGCUUGGAGCUCGCGUCAUAUACACCUGUCUUAUGAGUCUGGCAAAGAGGAAGGAAUUCGGAAUUGUUGAAAACGCAGUCAUGAUUGGCUCGCCGACACCCAGUGACACGAGCGACUGGAGAAUCCUCCGCAGCGUUGUCGCUGGCAGACUUGUCAAUGUCUUUUCAGUCAACGAUUACGUGCUUGGGUUCAUGUACCGCACGUCAGCCAUUCAGUACGGCGUGGCUGGACUCCAGAAGGUUGAGGGCCUGAGUUCCGUCGAAAACUUCGAUGUCUCGGAGGAUGUCAGCAGUCACCAGCGCUACCGCUACCUCAUUGGCGCUAUCCUUAAGAAAAUCGGGUUUGAGGAUAUCGACAUGGCAGCGGUCGAACGAGAACGGCAAGAGCUAGUCGAGAUGGAAGAGGAGGAGGAGAGACAGUCUCGUGUUGCCCAGAAAAGAUGGCUGAUGAGGAGGGAAUCCCAUGGGGGCAAGGUCGACGAGGCCGCCGAGGGAGAAGAAGAGGCCGAGGAGUUAGAAAAGAAGAUCCAAGAGCAAACGGAGAAGAGCCUCGUGACGAGGGCGAUCGAGUACUUCUACGUGCCUAGCGUCCCCAGUGCCAAAGAUGCGCAAAAGGUCGCGAGCAAUCUACAGAAGGCCGGACAAGACCCCAGCCAGGCUGGUAACGCCGCAGAUCAAACGGCCAAGGACACUCGAGCUUCUACAGGGAGCUAUGCCACCUACCUCUACAAACACCUACCGAGCAUGCCGCAUAUCAACCGAUCGAGUCCGAGUGCUGUUCAGAAACCCGAUGCCACCAACGCCAGCAAAGUCACAGGCCAGCCGUCCAAGGCGGCAGAGGGAGCCACAAGCCAAGCACAAAGCUAUGUCCAGCAAGCUUCGCAGUAUCUCCCUUCUUUACCCAGCAUGCCUUCCCUCUCGAGUGGCGGGAAAGUGAAAUCUCAAGCACCAGUUAAGACAGCGGCCGAGCAGGCGACAGAUUCUGGAAAGAAAGCAACCGAGACUGCCGCCGCGGCCGCCAAAGGCACAGCAGGCACACUGUCCGACGUAGUCACACCGACGGUCAGGAACACGUUGAACCCUAAAGACAACCCGGCAGUCAACUCCACCAAACGUGCCACGCGCGAGGCCCCCAUCAUCCACCAAGCCAAAGAUUGCACCCCCGCUCCCGUCAAGGAUAGAACAGGUGAGGUAGCGGAAGCGACGGGCACGACCGUGCAGAAUACGACGCAGACCGUACAAAAGGGUUUGGACACCACGACAGACAAAGCAGGAGAAGCGGGCAAAGCAGUCGGAGGAGCAACCCAAGAUGCCAGGAGAAGUACCACGGACGCUGCCCAGAGCGGAGCGAAGACCGGGCAAAGCUAUACCGCCCGCGCAGCGGCAUAUCUCCCCAGCAUGCCGAGCAUGGGAUUCGGAGGUGCAGGGAAGGGCGGGAAGAGACCAGCGCCACCAAAACUGGCCAAGAAAUCGUCCGAGUCGAAGAAGAGCACCCCAACCCAACCGACGCAUGAGACGCCGAAACUCGAGAAGACACUAUCAGGAGUCAAGUCACCUCCGCCCAAGCUCGGCCGAGUCCCAUCAAGCGUCAAGUCACCACUGCCACCACCCCCAAAACUCGACAGGGUCCCAUCCGGCGUCAAGCUGCCUCCGCCCAAGCUCGACAGAACUCCGUCAGGAAUCAAGUCUCCGCUGGCGACGCUGGACCGGACCCCCUCCGGCAUGAAGUCCCCGCCGUCCGGGGGGUUCAAGUCUCCUCCUCUGCCAAAACUCGGCCCCCGGUUAUCGUCGGGAGUUGCGACCCCGUCCACCUCGGUCCCAACUCCGAGCCUCAUCCGGCAGGUCAGCAGCGGUGGCGGUGGUGUGAGGUCGCCGCCGCCGAAGUUGGGGCCGCGGCGGAGCUCAGCUCAACAACAGGCUCAAGUCCAAGCUCCCGCCGCGCCGACUCCCGCAGCAAUCGGCGAGAGGCUCGCCAGCCUCUCCCAGGACGCCGCGGCCGCGGCUAAGCGGGCGGGAAACGCGGCGGGAUAUGGAGGACCAGAAGGCGCCAAACAGGGAGAGAACGCCGCGAAGGACACGGAUCAGAAGAGCCCCGUGCCUGCUCCGUCUGUCCCUGGAGCUGGAGCCGGCGCCGGUACCGUCAAGGGCGCCACCUCCUCUGCGACCGAAGCGGCCAGCAAGGCCGGCGAGGCCGGAAAGAACGCGACGAGUAGCGCGCUGGAGACGGGCGGGGGCAUGGUCUCUGGGCUGGGACGGGCAGUGGGAUUCGGGAGAAGCUGA